AUGGCGCUACAGAAAAUUUGGACCAACAUCAAAGCUAUUUGUUUCAUAGUGCUAGCAUGCUUCACAGCCCUAUUAAAAUUCGUGUUGAAGUUCCCCCUUGGCAUUUAUCGAAAAUUCAUAAAUCCUACCGAUGCCCAUCAAAAAAUAUACAAAACCGUUGCGGAUAUUCCAGGAAAAAUAUCAUUUCCUAUAAUUGGAACCAGGUGGAUCUAUUUGAAAUUUGGUUCGUAUAAACUGAAUGCCGUUCACUUGGCAUACGAAGCUAUGUUUUCCCGGUUUGGGGAUAUUAUUCGUGAAGAAGCUUUGUGGAACUUACCAGUUAUAAGUGUCAUACACAGAGAAUGUAUUGAAAUAGUACUUAGACAAAGCGGAAAGUACCCUAUCCGACCUCCAAAUGAAGUAACUGCAAGCUACAGAAGGUCCCGACCAGACCGCUACACAAAUACAGGGGUUACUAACGAACAAGGUGUAGUUUGGGCUUCAUUGAGAAAUCAGUUGACGCCCAACCUUACCUCCCCUGGGGCGAUAAAAGACUUCUUACCGGAAAUCAAAAGCUUAUCUGAUGAUUUCAUACAUAUGCUCUGCCAAGUGAGGAACAAGAAUGACGUGGUGGAACGCUUUGAAGGCUUUAGCAACAUAAUGGGCCUUGAAAGCGCUUGUAUGUUGAUUUUGGGUAGAAGAAUUAAUGGAUUUUUAGACGGAGUGGUUAGCGAAACAGCUACGAAGCUGGUAGACGCCGUGACCAAGCAGUUUCGGACAUCCCAUGAAGCCUUUUAUGGGCUGCCGCUCUGGAAAAUAAUAAAGACCAAGGCGUACAAGGAAUUCAUAGCAAGUGAAGACACCUUCUAUGAAAUUAUGUCUGAAAUCGUAGACUCAGUGUUGAACGACCAAACACAGUCAGGCACAUCCGAAAGCAGAGUGUUUGGGUCCAUAUUACGGUCUACAAACUUGGAUAUGAAAGAAAAGAAAGCCAUGAUUAACGAAUACAUCCCCGCAGGAAUAAAAACAUUCGGAAACACCUUGGUGUUUUUAUUGUACCUGAUCGCCAAACAUCCGGAAGUACAGGAAAAGUUAUACAACGAGAUAUCACGGUUGGCUCCGGCUGGUACACCUAUUACCAAUGAACAUUUAAAAGAAGCCAAAUAUUUGAAUGCAUGUAUAAUGGAAGCUCACAGAGUUAAACCCACUGCUCCAUGUAUUGCAAGAGUGUUGGAAUCGGAUAUAAUAUACGACGAUUACUGUUUGCCGAAAGGGACCGUCGUGUUGAUGCACACGGGGUUGGCGUGUUUGGACGAAAGGAAUUUCAAAGACGCGACCUCGUACAUCCCGGAAAGAUGGAUGGACAAGGAGACGUACGAUUCACUAUUCUUGAUAACACCAUUUGGCUGUGGCAAACGAAUAUGUCCGGGGAAGCAAUUCAUAGAAUUACAACUCAAAAUUGUCUUAGCAAAGAUGGUCAAGCAAUUUCACAUCGGCUUUGAGGGAGAACUGAAAACUGAAUUUGAAUUUAUUUUGACACCCGUUGACGCGAAUUUUAUUCUACAUGAUAGGAAUUAA